AUGUCUACCCACGAGCCCCUGAACAUUAUCAUCCCGAUCGGCGGGGUCGGAUCUCGCUUUGCGAAGCGAGGCUACCGCUACCCCAAGCCCCUCAUCAACAUUGUCGGCCGUCCGAUGCUUCUGUGGCUCCUGGACUGCUUGACACUUCAGCCCGAUGAUGUCGUUUGGAUCGCAGUAAGCGAAGAAGUGGACGAAGAGUUUCUCAUUGGGCAGCUGGUUGCCAAACACCUCAAAGGCGUCGAGCACAAUGUCUUGAGACUACGGCACCCGACCAAGGGUGCCAGUGAGACGAGUAUGACACGGAAGUACCUCGAUCGCAAAACUGUGUCCCUCGACUGCGACACCAUCUACUGGAACGACAUAUUGGGCCAGGUUCGGAACAUGCCUACGGGCCAGGGCGGCUGCUUCUACUUUCCCGACAAUGGUGACAAGCCCAUAUACUCCUAUAUCAAAACGGAAAGCAGUGGUGGAUUGGACUCGAUCGUCGACAUCCAAGAGAAAAAGGCCAUCUCCAACAAGGCCAACUCGGGCGCCUACGUUUUUCGAACCGCGCGAGAGCUCAGGUCAUACGCCUCUGAAGUUCUAGAUGUCAGGAGUAUCAACUCUCAGGCUGUGGGAGAAUACUUCACCUCACAACUCAUCGCACACAUGAUUCAAGAUGGUGUCCCAUAUGUUGGUUUGCCGAUCCAAAAGCAGGACAUGUCCUGCGUGGGAACACCCGAGCAGCUACAGGAAUUUCUGCGCCACGUCAAGAGUGCUGAGUGCAAACAUCCGCUGGCCUUGAAGAAGCGGCGCUUCUGUUUUGACUUGGACCUGACACUCGUCGGAGUACCUGCAGUAGCGGGGGACUAUUCUACUUGCCCUCCGAUCGACAAGAACAUUCGCCUGGUGAAGCAGCUCUACAAUGCUGGGCACUACAUCAUCAUUCACACUGCACGUCGGAUGCGCACACACCAUGGUAAUGUGGGCUCAGUCAUUGCAGAUGUCGGGCCCAUUACAUUUGCGCAACUGGCCGCGUACGACAUCCCGUUCCAUGAGGUGUACUUCGGCAAACCGUACGCCGAUGUGUACAUCGAUGACUUGGCAGUCAACGCGAACCUCGACACGACACGAGAGAUUGGCUGGCUGGACCAGCAGGGCGAGGCGGCCCCUGACCAUCUUGAGACGACAGGGCAGAUCGGUCAUACGAAUGGCCAUGCCAACGGUCAUACGAACGGGCAUAAGAAAGCUGGGAUGGUUGCUGCGCGCGACUUCAAUACAAUCCAGGUCAUUGACGACAAGGUCAUCAAGUCGAGCAAGUCGGAACAGAUUCUGGGCGAAAUCUGGUUCUACUUGCACAUGCCGCCUGAGAUCGCCAACAUCUUCCCAACGAUUCACAGCAUGGACUUUUUUGCCGAGACUGGAACAUUCACCAUCACCAUGGACAAUUGCAGGGGCCGGACCUUCUCUCACAUGCUCGUUGGCCGCUCCAUUACCAAGGGCCGCUUUCUCUCCUUCCUGAGGGGACUUCAUGCCAUUCACACCGCCAAGCGGGUAGAUAAGCCUGGCGCCGAAGCCCAGCCGUCACUUCAGGCGUUGCUUGAGCGCGAUUCGCGACAACGGGGCGACCGACCCGUCGACAUCUACGCCAAUUAUUGCGACAAGCUCUGCCGCCGGUACGAACGACAUCGCGAUUGCUACGACGCGCUCGGUCCGCUCGCUGGGUCGCUCUUCAAUCGCAUUCACGAGUUCUUGGACACGUACGAGGCAGAAGGAAAAGGCGUACAUGCCGACGUUAUCCACGGCGACCCGGUCUUCAGCAAUGCCAUCCUCUCCCCAGAUGACAGUACUGUCACAUUCAUCGACGUUCGCGGCCAACUUGGCGAUGCACUCACUACCGAAGGCGAUAUCCACUAUGACCUCGCCAAAGUCUUACAGUCGUUGUGCGGCUACGACCACAUCCUGUUCCAAAGCGACAAUGGCCACGACUUGGCAGAGUACGCGAGCGGUGACAAGCCACUCCUGGAUGAGGCAGACGACAGCCUCCUCAGCGAGCUAACGGAGUAUUUCUUCGACUUCCUGAGGGAUACGUACUCGAUGCACCUGCACAGGAAGACGCUACUCCGCAUCACGGCAUCCCUCAUCUUCAGUCUGAUCCCUCUGCACAGACCAGAGCUCGGCGCAGUUUUCCUGCGGCUAUGCAAGGAAACUAUGGACAGGGCGAACCACAUGGUCGGCCACAUGCCCAAUGGUUCUAAUGGGUCAACGUAG